CCAGGUUCUCUCUCCAGGAGUUUUAAAGAAGCUUCCAUCAUUAGAUUAGAUUAGAUUUUGUCAUUGUUCAAGUACAGUACAAUGAAAUGCAGUUAGCAUCUAACCAGAAGUGCAAAUAGAAGAGUGCAGAAAAUGUACAAGUGAAACAAGAACCAUGUAUGUUAUAGGUGGGAUGUAUAAAUGUGCAAUAAAGGCAAAUUGAAGCUGUAAGGUAGCAUGUGCAAUUGAAAUGCAGGGAUAGCAGCAAUGAGGUGAACCCUCAUUCUAUAAGUUAACCAUUUUAAAACUACUACAGGGCAGCCAAACACCAGGUACUUAUAAUAGUCUAUAUCCUACGUUUCCAACGCCCAUUUCUCAUUUAGGCAGCUUUCUGCCAACAUGUAUGUGUUGAUCUCAGGUGUGCUUCAUUGUAGGGUCCCAGGCAGAGGAGUUUGCUUCCGUACAGAAAACAUGCUGAAAAUUUUGUUCAGGGUUGUCUGAUCUGUACUAACAUGAAAAUGUAAGGGAACAAAUACCUUUAACUCACCACUGCUGUGAAAUGAGCAUGUUGUUGCCGGAUAGAAACCUAUGUACAGUUAUGCAUAGGUCACUUCGUCAGAUCACUUUCAUAUCAGUGAGUGAGUUACCAUUUAGUCCACUAGGUGGGGUUAAAUAACCAAACUGCAUUUAUUAGUACAAAGACUGACAUUUCCUUCCAGUGAGUACAGCCUUGUGGACAAUACUCGAGGUCUUUCACACAUUUCCUUAGUCUCACGCAGAUUGUUGAACACUUAUAACGAGCAUUGUCAACAUAGAACAGCACUUUUGUUUGUUUAACCCCUUAAUCAAUGCUCAAUCCAUGUAGAAGUAAUUCAUCCAAAUAAAAUGAAACAAAAAAAACCAGAAUAGUCAAUUGAAUCCAGUCUUUAGAACCUCUGGGAUGUAGGUGAGUCGGCAUUCUCCAGCAGCAGCGAGAGGGAGGCUAUUUCAGGGAGUCUGGGAGAGUCUGUGGGUUUGCUGCCUAAACAGUAUCAGUAGCCAGGCAUGAUAGUCUUGAUCUGAAUUACUAAACAAACAGCUGAUUGAUUGACAGACCGACGGAUAGUGUCUAGUUCUGGAUACACUAAUAGAAGAUUAGUAACCUCCCUCCAAACUGCAUGCAUCAACACUGUUCAACAAACUAAAUUCUCUCAUGAUAGCGAUUUAUUAACACUAAGUGGUUUUGCAAGCUAGCUCUUGCUCACUGUCUCUCUCCUCAGUCCCAUCACUCCUCCCCUUGUUGCGCGAUAGUCUCUCUCUCUCGCUCGCUCACUCACUCACACGCAGGCACACACAUACUCACAUGCACACAGUGAAAGUAAUAAGGCUAGAGGGGGAGGGCUCCUCGACUGACAAGAAAGUUUUCCUUCUCUUUUCCUCUCAACAUUUCUCUCACACUCACACACAAACACUGUCUCUCUUUCCUGUCUCUCCUCCACAUACUCUAUCCACAUAACUCCGUCUCAGUCAGUGUUUCUCUCUCACUCUCUGCCUCGCUUUAUCUUUUUCUGUUCUUUUUUUUUCACUCUGAUGCACCUGCCCUUACCUACAGAGAGGGGAUGAGGAAGGUAACAGCAGGGCAGCAUCUUGGCCAUGCCUCACCUUCCUGUGGGAUUUUCCACCUUCCUUACUAACACAGAGCCCAGCUUUGUUUGUUGUUCUCUGGAAAUGCCAGGAGGGUCCAUAGCUCUGUGGAGAGGAAAGCAGAAAGGUCAUCUCAACUCACCUGGCUUGACAUGGAUCAAUACCGUGAUCGGACAAGAUUCCCAGCUUCCUCAUCCAUUUUCUGGAUAGAAAAGGGACGAAGCGUCUGAGAGACUCUAGGAGUUGUGAGGAGUUUUACUGCGUGACGAGAGAGGAGGACAGGUUUGGUAUGUUUGGUGGGUGGGUGUGUGUGAAUGAGAGAACGUGUCACAGCAAGAGAGAGAUGAAGGAGUGAAGAGUGGGACUUUUUUACUUCACUUUAAUGCGGUUUUCUGAGUGUUUAUCUAAAAGUAGCGUAGCGGUCUCGAAGUCUAAUCCGUUGUGGAGAACCUUGUAGAGUCAGACACGAGUUUAAUUGCUUUCAGAACACACAGGAGGCGAGUUCACAUGAUUGACAAGGCAAAUGAGAAAGAGUUGUUUCAGGAAAUGGGAGUGAGGCGUAUUCAACAGAAUGACAUUGUGAGAUAAGAUGGAGCCUGCCCCAGCAGCACUCUUUGAUGAACUCAAACUGAAUGGUUCCCGUGGACUUUCCAUGAAAAGGACAUUUUCUACUGCUACCAUCUCUGACCUUUGGUCUCUGAGACAGGGAGGUAAAACAAAGCUAGACAGGGUCAUCUCAACCUCCAGACCUCCCCAAAAGUAUUGACCCGUAGUUAUCACAAUCCACUGGUUUUCGAGGUGAUCGUGUGGAGCCAGUGACCUCGCAGCUUCAUCUCGGUGAGCUACAGCGAUGCAGUACCUAGGUGGUAAACUGUCCUCCGCCCAGAUCCAUGUCUCCGGCCUGGUGGGCAGUGUGCGGCGCUCACUACAGGGGGCACUGGACCUAGUCUGGGGACACGAGCAUGAGGAGGAGGUGGUGGAAGAAGAGGAGAGGGAGGAGGAGGAGGACGAAGUGGAAAAUGGGGAAGGGAGGUUCGAGAGGGCCGUGUCUCCUCUGCGUAACUUUGCCUCCCGGAGCCGGCAGUCUCUGAGGUUGUUCUCCGCCAGGAGUCGUCAGCGGAUGACGAAACGCAGACGGGCAGCAGACACUGGCACUGAGCAGUCAAAGUGUUGUGUGGAAGCUACAAAGGGACAUGACACAGAUGCUCUGAUUGGUGGAGAGCCAGAUGCUCUGAUUGGUGGAGAGCCAGACCAGCAGUAUGAGGGCUGUGACACAAGACUGUCUGAGGUUGACAGUCCACAGAACACAGUGGACCACACCUCAGCUGCCAUCAUGGAUGAACCUAAUGGGAGGUCUCCACUAGAAGAAAUUCAGGAGCCAUUACCGUUUCCUGAGAUCUCUGCCACACUAUUGGACAACAGUGUCUUGCGUUCAAGGGCAGAGCUGAGAAAGAGUCGACGAACCCGCCCCCCUCGAGCCGUCCGUCAAAUUUCUACCACAGCAACACUUGACAAAGACCCUGUCCAAGACUGGAGGUUUUGUGACUCCACAGAUGUGAAGGUGGAUCAGGGGCUUUGUGAGUCUGAUGAGGAGCAGCCCAGGGAGAGGCAGGUCUGUUCGCCACCUUCCCAGCCCCAGAGAAUACCCCUCUUCCCUGGAUUAGACCCGUCCAUCCUCAAGGCCCAACUGAAAAAGCGAGAAGGAGGUGAAGGAGUAGACACAGACCGUGACACAGACAGAUUAGUCGCAUCUCCUUCUCAGCUCUCCAGUUCUCCUGGACGCUCCUCCUAUCUCCCCGGUGCUACACGGGUGCUACCCCCUGUAGGGAGCGACGACGGAGGGGGGAACUCAUCUCCUUCAUGGCUGCAAGAACUUAAGGCAAAGAAGCGCUUGAGUCAAUACAACAGCGAGACCUAGCUGAGCAGAGCAGAUUCCAUAUGACCUGGAGACCAUCCAACUGCUGCCAAACAUCCCUAUGACAAAUACAGCUUCUCCCUCCAAUCAAGUGCCUUCUCAGAAACACUCAGAUGAACAAUCCAAGAAAAAUGAAGAAGCAUUAGAUAGAAUAUUUUUCCACUUUUCUACUCAGAAUAUAUAGAGAAAAACAUCAUAAUUUUAAACACACACACAGGAUUUAAGGAGUAGGCUUAAAAUGCCUGUUUUGUUGGAAUUUCGACACAUCUCAUUCCAUUUAUUUAUACUUGUAUGCCAGGUUUUCUGGGAGGUUGAUGUAAUUAUCAGGUACAUUUGGCCAAGGGACCUUUGUAAUUUUUUAUGCUUGUACAGUGUUACUGUCACCCACAGACAGGACUUUUUUUCUUCCAAGUGUUGAUCAACUGAUAUUGUUCAAACCCGCCAGAUCGAUGUACCAUUUAGGAUAACCAAUGCUGUCUUAUAGGUGUCAAUAUUUGUAUAUUUUUAUGAAAAAGAAAGAAAUCCUUGAUUAAGAAGUAUUUUAUAUCAUUGUUUUCUAAAGCUACAAUAACGAUCAAAAUAAAUGUUAAAUUGAAUUAUCUUUGUUGCUAUUAUGCCAUAAAUAAUAAUAAAUGAACCUCCACCCCCCAAAAAAACAUACUGAGAAGCAAAUAAUGUUGGCCUAUAUCGAAAUCAGAAUCACUGUCAUUCACUAAGUACAGUGACCCAUACCAAGAAUGUGUACAUGUACUUAUUGCAAUGGCGAUAGAGAACAUAGGAGUGAAUACACAAAAUCUAUACACAGAUGAUAUAUAGUACAUACACAGCAAUGGGUGGUGAGCAUAUAGGGUAACGGGAUAUGAGGAAUGAGUAUAUUCUAUAAAUGGAUUUACAGUUGAUGAAUACAUUUGCAAAUAAACAACUUCAAUAUAUGCAUCUAAAUGCAGGGAACUAGUUUUGAGUAUAUUAUAAUGCAGCUGUUUGGUUAAUAGUUGGAGAUGAAAGAAAUGUCAUUGUUGUUACAAAAUGUUUCAGAAUCUUAAGAAAUAAAUAUAAUUAUAAAAAAUGUGUAACAAUUUUUGGCACCUCUAGGACCAAAUCUAAUAGAAGUACAGUGGAUAUAAAAAGUAUACACACCCCUGUUAAAAUGCCAGGUUUCUGUGAUGUAAAAGAAUGAGACA